AGCGAGAAGCGAGAAGAAAGCAGAAAGAAGAAGAGAAGCGAAGCGAAGAGAGAGCGAGAGAAAGAGAAAGCGAAGAGAAAGCGAAGAAAGAUAGAAAAAAGAACGAGAGGAAGCGAAGAAGAGGAGAGAAAGCAGAAGAAGAUGGAAAGCGAAGACAAGCAGAGGAGAAAGCGAGAAGAGAGAGGAAAAGAAGAGAAGCGAAGAAGAAGCGUAGAAGGAAGACAGAAGAGAGAGAAAGCGAAAGAAAGAAAAGCGAAGAAAGACAGAGAAAACGAGAAGAAACAAGAAAGCGAAAGAGAGAAAGCGAAAGAGGAAAAGGAAGAAAGCGAAGAAGCGAAGAAAGAGAAAAGCGAAGAGAAAAGCGAAGAGAAGAAAAGCGAAAGAAGAGAAAGCGAAGAAAGCGAAGAGGAAAAGCGAAGAAAGCGGAAGAAAAGCGAAAGAAAAGCGAGAAAGAAGCGAAGAAAGCGAGAGAAAGGAAAAGCGAAGAAAGCGAGAGAAAGCGAAAGAAGCGAAGAAGAAAGCUACGAAGAAAGCAAGAACAAGCGAAGCGAAAGAAAGCGAAGAAAACGAGCGAAAGCAAGCGAAGAAAGCGAAAACGAAACAAGCGAAGCGAAGACGAAAAAAGCGAAAAGCGAAAAAAGCGAAGCGAAAAGCGAAGAACGAAACACAAGCGAAGAAGACGAAGAAAGCGAAGAAGAAAGCGAAAUCAAGCGAAAGCGAAACAAAGCGAAAGAAAGCGAAAACGAAAAGCAGAAAGCGAAAGACAAACAAGCGAAAAAGCGAAAAGCGAAAAGAAAGCGAAAGAAGAGAAGCGAGAAAGCGAAGACGAAAGAAAGCGAAGCGGGAAAGAGAAAGAAAGCGGGAGAUAAGCGAAAGAAGAGGGGAAAGCGGAAGAAAGAAAGCGAAGAGAAAGCGAGAAGGAGAAAGCGAAACGAGGAAGCGAAGAAGGAAAGCGAAGAAAGACAAGAGCGAAAGCGAAGAAAGCGAAGAGAAAGCGAAAGACAGCGAAGAAAGAGAAGCGAAGAAGAAGCGCGAAACGAAGAAGAAAGCGAAAGACAGCGAAAGCGAAGAAAGGCGGGAAGAAAGCGAAGAAGAAAGCGAAGACCUAAGCGAAGCGAAGAGAAAGCGAACGAAAAGCGAAGAAAGCGAAGAAGACAAGCGAAAAGCGAAGAAAAAGACAAGCGAAGAAAGCGAAGACAGAGCGAGGAAAAGCGGGAGACAAGCGAAGCGAGAAAGCGAAGAAGCGGGAAAGCGAGAAGCGAAAGACAGAGCGAAGACAAGCGAGAAGCAGAAGCGAAAGACAAGCGAGAAGCGAAGAGACAAGCGAAGAACGAACGAAGCGAAGAAAGCAGCGAAGACGAAGCGAGAAAGAAGCGGACAAAAGCGAAGAAAGCGGAGACAAGCGAAGAGAACAAGCGAAAGACAAAGCGAAAGACAAGCGAAAGAAGACAAGCGAAAGAGAAAGCGAAAAGCGAAGAAAGCGAGAAGGCGGCAAGCGAAGAAAAGCGAACAAGCGAAAACGAAAAGCGAAGAAAGCAAGCGAAAAGCGAAGACAAGCGAAAGCGAACAGAGAAAAGCGAAGAAAGCGAAGCAAAAAAGAACAAGAAGCGAAAGCGAAAGAACAAGCGAAGAGAGAAGCGAAGACAAGCGAAGCGAAGAGAAAGCAAGCGAAAACAAGAAAAGCGAACAAGCGAAGAAAACAAGCGAAGAAAGAACAAGCGAAGACAAACAAAAGCGAAAGCGAAGAAAGCGAAGCGAAAGAAAGCGAAGAGAAAACAAGCGAAGAAAAGAGAAGAGAAGACAGAGCAAGAGAAGACAGAAGCGAAGAAGACAGCGAAGACAAGCGAAGAGAAAGACAAGCGAGAAGAAAGACAAGCGAAGAAGACAAGAAGCGAAGACAGAGAGAGACAAGCGAAGAAAGACAAGCGAAAAGACAAGCAAAAGCGAAGAAGCGAAGACAAGCGAAAGAACAAGCGAAAGACAAGAAGAAGACAAGCGAAGACAAGCGAAGAGAAGAACAAGCGAGGAGACAAGCGAAGACAAGAAGACAAGCGAAGAAAGACGAACGAAGAAAGCGAAGAGAAGCGAAGAGACAAGCGAAGACAAGCGAGAAAGCGAGAGACAAGACAAGCGAGCGAAGAAGACAAGCGAAAGAAGAGAAAGCGAAGAAGAGCGACAAGCGAAGAAAAGAAGAAGAAAGCGAAGAAGCAAAGAAGAAAGAAACAAGCGAAGACAAGACGAAGCGAAGAAAGCGAAGACAAGAAAGACAAGCGAAAGCGAAGAAAGCAAAGCGAGACAAGCGAAGACAAGCGAAGACAAGCGAGAAGCGAAGACAAGCGAGAAGACAAAAGAAAAGCGACAGAGAGAGAAAACAAGAAGAAAGCGACAGAGAAAGCGAAGACAGAAGCGAGAAAGAAGACAGAAAGCGAAGAGAGACAAGCGAGAGAGCAAGAGCAAGAGAAGACGAAAGCGAAGACAAGCGAACGAACAAGCGAAAGAGACAAGCGAACUGACGAAAGAGGAGAAGCGAAGAAAGACAAGCGAAGAGAAAGCGAGGAAGAACAAGCGAAGAAGAAGAGAAAGCGAAAGGAACAGAAACGAGAGAAGAAAGCGAAGAGAAAGAAAGCGAAAGCGAAAGCGAAGAGAGAAGCGAAGAGAGAAAGCGAAAGCGAAGACGAAAGAAAGCGAAGAAAAAAGAAGAAAGCAGAGAAAGCGAAAGAAAGAGACGAAAGAAGCGAAGAAAGAGGGACGAAAGCGAAGAAGGAAAGCGAAGAGAGGAAAACAAAGAAGAAGGAAGAGCGAAGCGAAA